CCCCCCCCUCCCUCUCUCUCUAUCUCACCCCUGUCCUCGCCGCCUAUUUAUACCCUCCUCCGGCUUCUUUGUUUCGCCACCUCCGAUCAAUUAAUUGAACCAGAGAGAGAGAGAGAGAGCGAACCAGCUAUUAUGGGUUCUCUUCCUCAUGUGGUAGAGGACUGCCAAGGCAUCCUGCAAGUGUACAACGACGGCUCCAUCGUCCGCUCCGACGACAUAGCCUUCAACAUUCCUGUCCACGACGACGGCUCCGUCGUCUGGAAAGACUGCCUCUACGACAAACCCAACAACCUUUAUCUCCGCCUCUACAAGCCAGCUGUGGCGGUUAAUUCCUCCCCGCUCCCCCUCCCCGUCGUCUUCUUCAUCCACGGCGGCGGCUUCUGCGUCGGCUCCCGUACAUGGCCCAACUGCCAGAACUGCUGCCUUCGUCUCUCCUCCGGCCUCCACGCCCUGGUCCUAGCCCCCGACUACCGCCUGGCGCCGGAGCACCGGCUACCAGCCGCAAUUCUCGACUCUCUCAACGCCUUCAAGUGGCUCCAGGCUCAAGCAGCUAGCGCUGGCUCUGGCGCCACGAGAGAGAUUCAUGAGCCGUGGCUGCGUAAUGGCGGCGUUGAUUUUGAGCGGGUUUUCAUAGUGGGAGACUCCUCCGGCGGGAACAUCGCCCACCACAUGGCGGUGGAGCUCGGGUCGGGCUCAACAGAUAUGGGGCCGGUGCGUGUUCGAGGCCAUGUGUUAAUGGCUCCGUUCUUCGGUGGGACUGCGAGAACAAGAUCAGAGGCCGAGGGUCCACCCGAACAACUCUUGAACCUGGACAUCCUCGACAGGUUUUGGAGGCUGUCACUACCAGUGGGGGAGACUGCAGACCACCCAUUCGCUAACCCAUUCGGGCCGCUUAGCCUGCAACUGGAACCGCUAGCGUUCGACCCAAUUCUGGUGAUGGUUGGAGGCAGCGAGCUGUUGAAAGACCGGGUCCAUGACUACGCAGCCAGGUUACAGAAGCUGGGGAAGACGGUGGACUACGUGGAACUGGAAGGGCAGCAACAUGGAUUCUUCACCAAUGAACCCUUCUCCCCAUUGGCCAACACAGUCCUGCAGCUCCUCCGAAAUUUCAUGGCUGCCAACUCCAAUUAGUAUUCAGUACUACGUACGUGCGUACGUACUGUUUAAUUUGGUGGUUUGCUUUCCAUUCCAUAUAUAUAUAUAUAUAUAUACACUACUUUUGUAAGUGAGAAUAAUGUUCCUCGAUCCCAAAAAUGUAUACUAGCUAGCUAGCUAUCCACUGGAAUGUAUAAUGUUAAAUGUAUACUAAACGAAUGGCCUAUUUGUUUAGUAAUUUCAUGCAUGUUUUCAUA